GUAGCAGCUCUUGCCUAAACCAGCCCUCCUUGAACAAUGCGGGCUUGAUUAUGUACACCGACCUAGAGCGAAUCUUUAUUCCUAGAUUUAAUCUCAUCAAGGGGUAAUUCGUGGGAAAAUAAACAUACGUAUAUAUCGAUUUGAAAUGUGGACCUAACGCUGAGGUUGCAAUUUCCUUCCAACCGGAAGAGCAUUUGUUUUGGAUUAUUGGCAGGCAGAUAACCGUUUAAAGCCCAGUAAUCCAUCAAAACUCAAAUGCCAGAGUUCCUUUCACAGAACAGAGGCUUGGAAUCUUGAAAACGUGGCAAGAGAUAGACGUAAUCGGCACAGUUUCAAUAUUUCUAAUCAUGGCUUCUCCUAACCAACGGGCACCAGACCCAUGAUGUUGAGUUUGAGUGCUACAGACUGCCAUCUUCCCCUCAGACCAUCUUGUUACUAUGGAUAUUACUCCCCCUAUGUCAAAGACAGGCAGCUUUUUUUGUUCUCCAAGAGACCAAGCGUACUGCUUAUUUUGACCAUGAGCAGGACAGAGUGGACAGCAGCUGUUAAAAACAGAGAAAGAUGAAAUUUCCUUUCUUUUAGUGUCUGUCAACGAGCAACUGAAUAGAAAGGAGAGGAAAAAUAUCUAAAAUCAAAUAUUCUAGCCAGGAAAAGGAAGAUAACUUUUGUAAAUGAACUAAUUAAGAAUCUGGUAUGGCGUCGGAUCCACCGUGAUUCUUACUCAAUGCAUACCUAUAAAUAUUUCCUCACUCAGAAUACAUGACGGGGUAUACCAUGCUUCGUAACGGUGGUAGUUCGGGGAAUGGAGGCCAGCCAUGGGUACUGCGCUGGUCAAACAGGAUACGGUUGACCUGGUUGAGUUUCACCCUAUUCAUAAUCUUGGUCUUCUUCCCGUUGAUUGCCCAUUACUAUCUCACUACCAUCGAUGAGGCUGAGGAGGCUGGUAAGCGAAUCUUUGGGCCUCGGCCAGGCAAUGAGCUCUGUGAGGUGAAGCACGUGCAGGACCUGUGUCGGAUCCGCGAGUCGGUCAGCGAGGAGCUGCUGCAGCUGGAAGCUAAGCGGCAGGAAUUGAAUGGAGAGAUUGCUAGGCUCAACCUGAAGAUAGAGGCCUGCAAAAAGAGCAUUGAAAAUGCCAAGCAGGACCUCCUGCAGCUCAAAAAUGUAAUCAGCCAGACAGAGCACUCUUAUAAAGAGCUCAUGGCCCAAAACCAGCCCAAGCUUUCUCUGCCAGUCCGCCUUCUGCCUGACAAGGAUGACACUGGCUUGCCUCUGCCCAAGUCCAUACGCUCGUGUAGACUCCACUCCUGUUUUGACUACUCACGCUGUCCUUUGACAUCUGGGUUUCCUGUGUAUGUUUAUGAUACAAGUAGCUAUCCCUGGGGUGAAGGCCUGGACCCUUUAGUCAAGCAAGCUUUUGCAGCAUCAGCCAAAAGCAGUAUAUAUGUUACAGAUAACCCCAGCAUCGCUUGUCUGUAUGUGGUCCUGGUUGGGGAGUUACAGGAGCCAUUCUCCUUGAGUCCAGUCGAUCUGGAGAAGCAGCUGCAUGCAUUGCCAUAUUGGAGGACAGAUGGGCACAACCAUCUACUGGUGCAUCUCUCUCAAAAAUCCAUGACACAGAAUUUCCUUUAUAAUGUCAGUACUGGUCGAGCAGCUGUUGCCCAGUCUACAUUCCUGGAGAGUCAGUUCCGAGCUGGUUUUGACCUAGUCGUAUCACCGUUGGUUCAUGCUCUUUCAGAACCAAACUUCCUAGAGGUUCCUCCCCAGGUUCCAGUAAAGAGGAAAUUCCUCUUCAGCUUCCAGGGGGAAAAAGUGGAGUCACUGCGAAGCAGCCUUCAAGAAGGACCUCCGCGCUCAUUUGAAGAGGAGAUGGAAGGGGAUCCUCCAGCGGAUUAUGAUGAUCGAAUAAUAGGCACACUUAAGGCUGUGCAAGACAGUCACUUAGACCAAGUACAGGUGGAAUUUACCUGUAAGAAUCGUCCUCGGGCCAGUCUCCCAACUGAGUGGGCACUCUGUGGAGAGCGGGAGGAGAGGCUGGAAGUGUUAAAAGCCUCUACUUUUGCUCUGGUUAUAGCACCAGGGGACAGUCAGGUGGUGGCCUCAGCUGGCUGCAAUAUGCGGCUCUUUGAGGCAUUAGAAGUGGGCGCCAUCCCAGUUGUACUCGGUGAUCAGUCUAGGCUACCAUACCAUGAGAUGAUCCGCUGGAGUGAGGCAGCUCUCAUAAUUCCCAAGCCACGUAUCACUGAGGUGCACUUCCUUCUGCGUAGCAUUUCUGACAGUGACUUGCUGGCAAUGCGUCGCCAAGGUCGUUUUCUCUGGGAAACCUACUUUGCUACUGCUGAGAAUGUGUUUGGAACUAUUCUGGCCAGCUUUCGGACUCGUAUCCAGAUCCCUGCUGCCCCUAUCCGUGAGGAACCAGCCCAGGAAAUCCCACAUAAAGCGGGAAAGGCAGCAGGGACAGACCCUAAUAUGGCAGACAAUGGUGACCUGGACCUUGGACCAGUGGAAACGGAGCCACCCUAUGCCUCUCCUCGCUAUCUCCGCAAUUUCACUUUCACGGCAGCUGAUACCUACCGUGCCUGGAACCGCCCUCCAGGGCCUUUUUAUCUUUUUCCCCACACCCCCUUGGACCCCCUCCUGCCCUCAGAAGCCAAAUUCCUUGGCUCGGGGACAGGGUUUCGGCCUAUUGGAGGAGGUGCAGGUGGCUCUGGAAAAGAGUUUCAGGCAGCUCUGGGUGGUAAUGUGCCACGGGAGCAGUUUACUGUGGUCAUGCUGACCUACGAGAGGGAGGAGGUGCUGAUGAACUCUCUUGAGAGGCUUAAUGGACUGCCUUAUCUCAAUAAGGUCGUGGUGGUUUGGAACUCUCCCAAACUACCAUCUGAUGAUCUCCUCUGGCCUGAUAUUGGAGUCCCGAUUGUGGUUGUACAGACAGAGAAAAACAGUCUUAACAACCGCUUCCUGCCAUGGGACUCCAUAGAGACAGAGGCCAUCUUGUCCAUUGACGACGAUGCCCAUCUCCGCCAUGAUGAAAUCAUGUUUGGUUUUCGUGUGUGGCGUGAAGCCAGGGAUCGGAUUGUAGGGUUCCCAGGGAGGUAUCAUGCAUGGGAUGUGAACCACCAAUCCUGGCUUUACAACUCCAACUACUCCUGUGAGCUGUCCAUGGUGCUGACUGGGGCCGCGUUCUUUCACAAGUACUAUGCCUAUCUGUACUCCUACGUGAUGCCUCAAGCAAUACGAGACAUGGUGGAUGAGUACAUCAACUGUGAGGACAUUGCCAUGAACUUCCUCGUCUCUCACAUCACCAGAAAACCACCCAUCAAGGUGACAUCUCGCUGGACUUUCCGCUGCCCAGGCUGCCCCCAGGCGCUCUCACACGACGAUUCCCAUUUCCAUGAGCGACACAAGUGCAUCAACUUCUUUGUUAAGGUGUACGGCUACAUGCCUCUGCUGUACACGCAGUUCCGUGUGGAUUCGGUGCUUUUCAAAACACGGUUGCCACAUGAUAAGACUAAAUGCUUCAAGUUCAUAUAGGAUGCCAAAGCUCGGAGUAAAGAGGAACAGAAGAACGGGAAGCAGUGGUCUAAUUCCAUUGACACUUGGCCUGCAAAAACAACAGACAAAGCUCCACCAGGACACAGUGUUUCUCCCUACACCACUUGGCAGCAGCUUAAUUUGCCAUUGGGGGAAAAAAAAAGACACAAAACAAAGCCUUUCUUUGUAGUUUCAUCAGUGACCACUACAAAUUUCAUUUCACACCACUUUGAUUUCCUUUCAUGCAUUGGCAAGCACAGAAAACUUGUCUUCUAUGGCCCUCAAACAAAAAACAUUUUUCCUUUGAGAUGUGGCAGUCACAUGGCUUUUUUGUGGCCUUUGUCUUUUAGAUGGUUACUUAUUUUACUUUUUUAAUUUAAAUAAAAUUCUGUAUUUGUAAUGGUGGGGCAUGGUACAGGCAUGUGUGGUGUGGGGGGAGAAAACAAACUGGUUAUCGUUGCACUUUUUUUUUGUAAUUUUAGAUUUGUUACUUGGUGCAUUCUUCAGAAGGGUCAUUUCGAUAUUUUAUUCAUCAGGGUAUUUUUAUGUGCAAAGUGAACCAAACAUUUUGCUUUGGGUCCAAGGUUGUGAGUUUCAACUAUUUUCCCAAUUUGCUUCACUCUGUGAACUGCAAAGGAUGGAUUUGGGACCAGAAACUGCAUGUCUCCCUGUUUGAUUUUGCUACUGUUAUAAAAUAUAAAUGAUGGGUAUAACAUGGUCUUUGCUAAGGUUCACCAUACCGCCUUCAUUUGCUGUAAGAAUAUACUUCAGGCAAGGAAACUGCUACAAAGUUUUUAAAUUGUGUUAGCUAUAGUACUAUAUUUUUUUAACUGUAGUGAAAUAGACUUGGAAUAUGAGGAGUGAGUGGAAAGAUCCAUUCUUUGUCAUUUAAUGGAUAACAGAAAAAGCCUAAAAAUUCAGGGCAACCUUCUCUCUCAAAUUAUGAUAAUCUUUUGUCUGUAACAAAAUAUGGUUUCCAAUGCCUGACAUGAAUGUGUUUUGUCCCCAAAAAUGUUUUCCAAAAAAGGUGUGUACACAGUUUGGGUCUAAUUUUUAAUGAUGUGUGUGUAUUGUUCUGAAUGUUUCUUGUCAGGUUAAUGCCAAAAGAUGUAGUACAUGCAGCUCCUAAGAACAUAGAGUGAAAGAUGCAAAUUAUAAUAACUUGAAGGAAGGCCAGUUUAGCAGAGAUAGGUAUUUAAACCCACAUGUCAUGAGCUAUCAAUGAGGCUGGGUAAUUAUAAAGCACUACUUAGAUAUGUAUUCAGGACCUCAUUUUUACAUACUGUAUGUAUAUGGUAUGCAGCAUGAGCAAAACCAUGCUGGAUGUUUGGCCUUUAGUAAAGCUUCUUAUAGUAAACAGCUGGGCAGAAAGUUUAUUUUUUAAAGGCCUAAUCUAAGCUCUGUUUUCAAAAGCUAUGUAUCAUACAAGGUCACUUAUUUAUUUAUAUGUAUGUAGAUGUAUUGCCCUCUUGCCAGUACGCUUUGAGAAAAUCUGAGUUCUCUAUAGAUAGCAGAACUCCCAGGGCAAGCAGAGAUGCACUUCCCUUCAUGGCAAGAUCAACUUGUCUUUCAGAUAUAUAAAUUGUAUCGGAUAAAACAAGAUUCAUUUUCUAUCAUUUGAAGUUACCUCAGGAAGGAUUUUUUUUCUGUAGCCCUUCAGACCUACUGAAGUAGACCUUCCCUUUAGAUAUGUUAUCUUUCUGCACAACACAACUUCAGCAACUUUUAAUUGAGAAUGUUAAAAACUAAUUUUUAAUGUUGAUUACUGAAAAUAUGAUCCCAGCUAUAUAAGUCUGGUUCCUUUGUUCAGUUCAUCUAGAAUUGAUUGACCUUCAACGCCUGCUUCUAUUCUGAAUUGCAUUCCAGCAAUAAUGAAGAAGGGUAGAUGAUAGCUGUCAUGAAAGACAGACUGAGAGCCAGGUGCACAAGGCUGUUCCCCUUCCUAGGUGUUGGCAGGGGUGUUUUCACUCAGUUGUCGUGCUUGUUGUCAUCUGAAGGCUGUAAAUGUAGUUAGGGUUGCCUUCAUGAAAACAUAUGACUGACUUUCAAAUUGAUUGUACUGAUUGAGUCUCCCAUUUAUAGAGCAGUCAUUAUAGUAGUGCCAAGUAAACUCAAAAUAGGUAACUUUCUACAAUAUUGAAACCACAUAGUUGAGACCAGAAGAUGCCAUAUGCUGUACUAGACCUAAUAAGCUGUAUACUUUGUAAAAUAUUAUAGCAGCUGCAUUUAGACAGGACCUUAAUGACUUCACAAGAGGGCAUAAUGGUGAUGUUUUAGAAUUCCCUGUAAGUCUUUGAGGUAGUUUUUUAUAGUCCGUUCUCAUGUGUGUGCUUACAUAACUGUGGAAUUUGAUGUUUAUUAUCCAUGCUGAGUACACUCUAUGCUGCUUCAAAUGUCUUAGCUUGGUUGCAGUGUGUCCCCUUAUCCAUGAUCUCAGUAGCACUCAACAACCUUUGACCCAUAUCACCUGUACCAAGCUUGGCCUCAGCAGUGCCCCUGUAAAAAUGUAAAUGAUAAUAAAUCCCUGACAUUGUUAUAGA